AUGCGAGCUGGUGCAACUGGCAGACCAAAAACAAAAAGAACAAAUUGUGUACAACGUCGUAUUACUACUCUUGCUGAUCAUUAUUCAAAUGAUGAAAUCAAUUUAGGAGAAUAUUUAGAGGCAUUAGAAAAAUUCCUUGACAAAUUAGAAACAGUAAAUCAUUGGCAAUGUGGUCUUGAUCUGGAUUUAAAUACAUGGAAAGAUAAACUAUUGAGUCGACAUCAAUAUAAUAAAUGA